AGUUUUUACCAACCAUCCUUCAAAUUUGUGGACAUGCAUAGUCAAAUUAGCAAGAGACUUUUUCAACUUUUUGAUACAUUACAGCAGCAAAUAAGCAUUCUUUGAACUGAGCUAAUUGAGCAUGUUCAAGUUAAGCUGUUGAGGAGGGAUUCAAUGGCCGCAAAAACAUGUUUAAAUUCUUCAUCUUCAUUGCCUAAAUAUGAUGUAUUUAUCAGUUUCAGAGGUGAAGACACUCGUACAAGUUUUACAGACUACUUGUUUCGUACUUUGAAACAUGGAGGAAUUAAUAUCUUCAGGGAUGAUAAAGAUAUUGAAAGAGGAGCAGAUAUUUCACCCGCACUUUUACAAGCAAUUAGAGAAUCAAAAUUCGCAGUCGUGGUUCUUUCGGAGAACUAUUCUGCAUCCAAAUGGUGUUUGGACGAACUUGUUGAGAUUGUUGAAAGCAGGAAAGAGUUGGGACUCACUGUUCUUCCUGUUUUCUAUCAUGUUGAGCCAACUGACGUGAGAAACCAAGCAGCGAAUUUCGGAAAAGCUCUCGCAGAAGCUUCUCAACGCUAUAUCGGGAAGAUACAUAAAUGGAGGGAGGCUUUGAUGGAAGUAGCCGCUAUCUCGGGAUGGAAUGUUGGAAACAGGCCUGAGACAGAGGUCAUUGAUGAAAUUGCCAAAGUGAUUUCAAAAAUUGUAAAUCAGCUCCCAACUGGUAACAACGACUUGGUCGGAAUGACUUCUCGUAUAAAGAAGAUGGAUUGGUUAUUGGCAAUUGGGUUGGAUGAUGUUCGAACCAUAGGGAUAUGGGGUAUGGGGGGAAUUGGUAAAACAACUAUAGCUCAAGAAGUUUUCAAACUAAGUUUCAACAAAUUUGAAGCUCAUGCUUUCAUACCAAAUGUAAGAGAGGAAGUGAAAAAAAAUAGUUUACUUCACCUGCAAAAACUUCUCUACAAAGAAUUGGUUGAUAGUGAAGUAAGUAUACAAAAUGAUGAUAUGGGAAUCCAUGUAUUGAGGAAACGAUUGCGUUCUAAAAGGCUGCUUAUCAUUUUAGAUGACGUUGAUCGGUUAGAACAAAUGGAAGCUCUAGUUGGAAAUGCUGAUGAGCAGCAUGAAUGGCUAGGUCCAGGGAGUAGAGUCAUUGUGACAACUAGAGACAAGCACUUGUUGAGGACAUAUGGAGAGAACAACAUAUAUGAGGUUGAUAAACUUACUGAUGAUGAAGCUCUUAAGCUUUUCUGUCGAAAAGCAUUCAAAAAGGAUCACCCUCCAGAUGAUUUUGUAGAGUUGUGCAAUGAUUAUGUUGAAUAUGCUAAUGGUCAUCCUCUAGCUCUUGAAGUUUUGGGUUCCUUCUUAUUUGGGAGAAGGAAAGAUGUGUGGUCAGAUGCAUUGGAUAAAAUAAAGAAAAAUCAAAAAGAAGACAUUUUUAAUACUCUUCAAGUAACUUAUGAUGGGUUAGAAGAAAAUGAGAAGAAAAUAUUUUUGGACAUAGCAUGUUUCUUUAAUGGAGAGGAUGAAUCUCGUGUCAGCAAGAUUCUAGAAAGUUGUGAAUUUAAUCCUCAUAUUGGCAUAGAAGUGCUCAUUGAAAAAUCACUUAUCACGAAGCUAGGAAACAAGCUAUGGGUGCAUGAUUUACUACAAGAACUGGGUCGGGACAUUGUACGUCGAGAAUCGCUUGCAGAGCCGGGUAAGCGCAGCAGGCUGUGGUUUCACAAGGACGCACAUCAUGUAGUUAUGAAUAAUAAGGGGACAGAAGCUGUUGAAGGUAUAUUCCUUAGUUCGCCUGAAAAUGAAAAGUUACAGAUGAAUGUCGAGGUGAACUUAAAAAUGGAAAAUCUAAGAUUGUUGAAGAUUAAAAAUGUGCACAUUUCUAAUUUCGUUGGAUACCUUUCAAACAAUUUGCGGCUUUUGGAGUGGCAUGGAUAUCCUCUAGAUUCUAUGCCACAGAAUUUUUGUCCUGCUAAACUUGUUGAGCUCAACAUUUCUAACAGCCGCAUCAAACAACUAUGGAUGGAACCAAGAGUAAGAUUAUAAUCUCCUUUUAUGUUUCUU